AUGGAGCGCCGCCCUCGUACCUCCAGUGAAGCGGAUAAACUCCUUGCCUUAUCAGAUCUCCUUCGUAGCACGGCGUUGACGAUUAAGGAGGAAUGGGCCAAAGAAGAUUUCUCGAGGGCAGCCGGCGGGGAUACGGCGCGGCUCCUACCAAGUGCCCGAUUAUGGGAGGCUCAAAGGACCAUCGAGGCAAUUUCGGGGAGCGUGGUCGAACUUGUGUGCGACCCCAGCCAACGCAUCCAACAGGUGCUGAGCUUGUUUUUCGAAAGCCGGGCAUUGUUUAUCGCGGCUGAGCGACGAAUUCCUGACCUGCUGGCGGAUGUGGGGGAUCAAGGAAUGGGAAUCGAUCGUCUGGCUGUGAUAACUGGUAUCGAGAACAGGAAACUUUCUCGUAUUAUGCGAACUCUAUGCGCAACCCAUAUUUUCAAAGAAGUUGGCGAGAAUCAAUUUGCCAACAACCGCAUCUCGGAAGCUCUAGUUCAGAAUGAUGGGCUUCGCGCUUACGUGCAGUUAUUCAACUUACAUGUUUUCCGUGCCUCUGAGUAUUUGCCGAAGUACCUCCUUGGGGGUAAGGGCGCUUCAUAUGACGUGUGCGAGACAGCACUCCAGGAUGCACUCGGUAUCGAGGUCCCCCUGUGGGAGUGGAUGGCAAAAAAGGUGCCGAUACAUCAAGUUCAGUGUGACGGGCCGGGAUACCCCAGUGUCCCUGACAUUUCAAACUGUGGUAUCACUCCAGACGAUCAGGGGCUGGUUUACCGCCCCGAACUGAGUAAUUUUGCCUUGGCUAUGGCUGGCGGUGGGAAUGCCUCAGGUGCCGCUCAUGCUUUCGAUUUCCCUUGGGGAGACCUAGGCGAUGGUCUCGUGGUCGAUGUCGGAGGAGGCGUUGGUGGUUUCGUUCUUCAACUUUUGCCUGUGUACCCGAAGCUCAGAUUUGUGGUUCAAGACCGCUUGGAGAAUGUCGAACAGGGAGAGACGGAGAUCUUUCCUCGCGAGGCCCCAGACGCAAUCCGCAAUGGAAGGGUCAAGUUCAUGGCCCACGACUUCUUUCAAGAGAACCCGGUCAAGAACGCUGAUGUGUACUGGCUGCGCGGCAUCUUGCACGAUUGGUCAGACGAGUAUUGUAUCCGUAUUCUGAAGGGCCUCAAGGCAUCGAUGGGCCCUAAAUCCAAGAUACUCAUCUGCGAUCCGGUCAUGAACACGACGUUUGGUUGCACUGAGAUCCCGCCUGCACCGUAUCCUCUCCUCGCCAACUACGGGUACCACGUCCGGUACUGCCAUAACAGGGACUUGGGCCUGAUGUCCACUAUCAAUGGCAUCGAACGUACUCCCACUCAGUUCAAAGAUCUGGUUGACAAGGCAGGUCUCAGGCUGACGAAAUUCUGGCCAGUCAGAAGCAUGGUGGGUAUCACCGAGGUUUGUCUUUGA